CCCUUUACCACCGCCACGUUUCUCCCUGGAUGUCCCUAGGCCUCGGGACUGGCUGAGAGUUCCCUGUAGUGGAGGCCGCCGCUGAACUGAUUAUAAAGAUGAGAGAGGCUCUGCCAUGCCUUGGUCAUCAAUUCACACUCCACCAGUAUCUUCUAGCAGUCACAGCAAGGUUUAACGUCAGGGACCGCUGUGGGGUGGCCGCGCUACACGACAGUAUAGUUGCGGUCCUGGUUUAUGAAAUAACUGAGGGAACGAGAGGCGCAAGAAAUCCCUCCUUGGGUGCAAGACCAAAACAACUACCCCGCGGGAAGACUCGGGCUUCAGUGCGUCUGUCGCCAGUGGAGGAGGACGCUUCGGGGCAGGAGCACAGGCUGGCAGGACAGCCCCGCAGCAGCUCCAGGGCGGCAGAGGCCAUGGAAGAUGCUCCGCUGGUCUGCACCCGGCCUGCGCCUCAAAAUACCGCCGGGAAGGAACUCUAUUUUAAGAACCUCUCAAAACGAAACAAGCAAAUCAUGGAGAAGAAUGGAAAUAACCGAAAGCUGCGGGUUUGUGUUGCUACUUGUAACCGUGCAGAUUAUUCUAAACUUGCCCCGAUCAUGUUUGGCAUUAAAACCGAACCUGAGUUCUUUGAACUUGAUGUUGUGGUACUUGGCUCUCACCUGAUAGAUGACUAUGGAAAUACAUAUCGAAUGAUUGAACAAGAUGACUUUGACAUUAACACCAGGCUACACACAAUUGUGAGGGGAGAAGAUGAGGCAGCCAUGGUGGAGUCAGUAGGCCUGGCCCUAGUGAAGCUGCCAGAUGUCCUUAAUCGCCUGAAGCCUGAUAUCAUGAUUGUUCAUGGAGACAGGUUUGAUGCCCUGGCUCUGGCCACAUCUGCUGCCUUGAUGAACAUCCGAAUCCUUCACAUUGAAGGUGGGGAAGUCAGUGGGACCAUUGAUGACUCUAUCAGACAUGCCAUAACAAAACUGGCUCAUUAUCAUGUGUGCUGCACCCGCAGUGCAGAGCAGCACCUGAUAUCCAUGUGUGAGGACCAUGAUCGCAUCCUUUUGGCAGGCUGCCCUUCCUAUGACAAACUUCUCUCAGCCAAGAACAAAGACUACAUGAGCAUCAUUCGCAUGUGGCUAGGUGAUGAUGUAAAAUCUAAAGAUUACAUUGUUGCACUACAGCACCCUGUGACCACUGACAUUAAGCAUUCCAUAAAAAUGUUUGAAUUAACAUUGGAUGCACUUAUCUCAUUUAACAAGCGGACCCUAGUCCUGUUUCCAAAUAUUGAUGCAGGGAGCAAAGAGAUGGUUCGAGUGAUGCGGAAGAAGGGCAUUGAGCAUCAUCCCAACUUUCGUGCAGUUAAACACGUCCCAUUUGACCAGUUUAUACAGUUGGUUGCCCAUGCUGGCUGUAUGAUUGGGAACAGCAGCUGUGGGGUUCGAGAAGUUGGAGCUUUUGGAACACCUGUGAUCAACCUGGGAACACGUCAGAUUGGAAGAGAAACAGGGGAGAAUGUUCUUCAUGUCCGGGAUGCUGACACCCAAGACAAAAUAUUGCAAGCACUGCACCUUCAGUUUGGUAAACAGUACCCUUGUUCAAAGAUAUAUGGGGAUGGAAAUGCUGUUCCAAGGAUUUUGAAGUUUCUCAAAUCUAUCGAUCUUCAAGAGCCACUGCAAAAGAAAUUCUGCUUUCCUCCUGUGAAGGAGAAUAUCUCUCAAGAUAUUGACCAUAUUCUUGAAACUCUAAGUGCCUUGGCCGUUGAUCUCGGCGGGACGAACCUCCGAGUUGCAAUAGUCAGCAUGAAGGGUGAAAUAGUUAAGAAGUAUACUCAGUUCAAUCCUAAAACCUAUGAAGAGAGGAUAAAUUUAAUCCUACAGAUGUGUGUGGAAGCUGCAGCAGAAGCUGUAAAACUGAACUGCAGAAUUUUGGGAGUAGGCAUUUCCACAGGUGGCCGUGUAAAUCCUCGGGAAGGAAUUGUGCUGCAUUCAACCAAGCUGAUCCAAGAGUGGAACUCUGUGGACCUUAGGACCCCCCUUUCUGACACUUUGCAUCUCCCUGUGUGGGUAGACAAUGAUGGCAACUGUGCUGCCCUGGCGGAAAGGAAAUUUGGCCAAGGAAAGGGACUGGAAAACUUUGUUACACUUAUCACAGGCACAGGAAUCGGUGGUGGAAUUAUCCAUCAGCAUGAAUUGAUCCACGGAAGCUCCUUCUGUGCUGCAGAACUGGGCCACCUUGUUGUGUCUCUGGAUGGGCCUGAUUGUUCGUGUGGAAGCCAUGGGUGCAUUGAAGCAUACGCCUCUGGAAUGGCCUUGCAGAGGGAGGCAAAAAAGCUCCAUGAUGAGGACCUGCUCUUGGUGGAAGGGAUGUCAGUGCCAAAAGAUGAGGCCGUGGGUGCGCUCCAUCUCAUCCAAGCUGCGAAACUUGGCAAUGCGAAGGCCCAGAGCAUCCUAAGAACAGCUGGAACAGCUUUGGGUCUUGGGGUUGUGAACAUCCUCCAUACCAUGAAUCCCUCCCUUGUGAUCCUCUCUGGAGUCCUGGCCAGUCACUAUAUCCACAUUGUCAAAGACGUCAUUCGCCAGCAGGCCUUGUCCUCCGUGCAGGACGUGGAUGUGGUGGUUUCGGAUUUGGUUGACCCCGCCCUGCUGGGUGCUGCCAGCAUGGUUCUGGACUACACAACACGCAGGAUCUACUAGACCUCCAGGAACAGACAUGGACCGUCUCUCCAGAGCUCCUGAGUGGAAACAAGUUCUUGUCUUUAGGAUGACCGUUUCUUAACAAUCAAAUCUGGUAUUGAACUGCAGGUGACUUUGGCAGAGAAAUGUUUUCACUUUUGGUCUCCUCUUCCAGAGUCACCUUUCCCAACUCCUAUUUUUGUAGAUGCUAUUCUUUCUGAUGUUUUCCUACUAGGGGUCAUUUUAGCUCAAACCCUGUAAGUUGCAGUCACAAUUUUCUGUGCCAAAGUAGCUACAAUAAUAGAGAGGAAGCCUAGUAUUAAUACCACUGAGACCUUCAGGCCUUGCCUGGGAUAUCACUUCAUCCUGAAGUUUGUAUUAAUAAUCCUUCCAGGCCGGGCGCGGUGGCUCACGCCUGUAAUCCCAGCACUUUGGGAGGCCGAGGUGGGCGGAUCACGAGGUCAGGAGAUCAAGACCAUCCUGGCUAACACAGUGAAACCCCAUCUCUACUAAAAAUACAAAAAAUUAGCCAGGUGUGGUGGUGGGUCCCAGCUACUCAGGAGGCUGAGGCAGGAGAAUGGCAUGAACCGGGGAGGUGGAGCUGGCAGUGAACUGAGACUGCACCACUGCACUCCAGCCUGGGUGACAGAGCAAGACUCCAUCCCAAUAAUAAUAAUAAUAAUAAUAAUCCUUCCA